AUGGUGUUAACUGUGCAAACAAUCGGAGGGUCGGUUUUUGUCAGCGCUGGUCAGUCAGCUAUGGUCAAUGUUUUGCUCAAUGUUCUCCGUGGAGAGACUUCAACCGUCGAUGCCUCCAAAGUUGCGAUGACAGGCGCAACUGAGCUGCGUAAAGCUUUCUCUUCAGAGCAAAUGAGCUUUAUCCUCGGCGCAUAUAUGCAAGGUCUUCAGGCAGCAUUCUUGGUGGCCGUUGUCGCAUCUUGUUUGGCCACUGUGGUCUGCAUGGGGAUACCAUGGACUAAGCUUUCGGGGGCGGUUACUGUUGCAUCAGCAGCCUGA